CUCCCAAACCAAACCAACGGCGCAACCCGCAGCGCACCAUUCCAACAAACAAACAGCUAGCAAAUCCCGUUCCGACCAAGAGGAAGAAGCAGGCAGAGAUGCCGACGCCGUACAGCGCGGCGGCGCUGAAGCCGAGCGUGCAGCACCGGCUGGCUUCCGGCGCGUCGUCCGCGGCGGCGCACCGGUGCGGCGAGCACGACGCGACGGUGCCGGCGGAGGUGGCGCGGCACCACGAGCACCUGGCGGCGACGAGCUUGGGCGGGCGGCGGUGCUGCUGCUCGGCGGUGGUGCAGCGCGUGGCGGCGCCAGCCGCCGACGUGUGGUCGGUGGUCCGGCGCUUCGACCAGCCGCAGGCGUACAAGAGCUUCGUGCGCAGCUGCGCGGUGCUGGACGGCGACGGCGGCGUGGGCACGCUGCGCGAGGUGCGCGUGGUCUCCGGCCUGCCCGCCGCGUCCAGCCGCGAGCGGCUGGAGAUCCUGGACGACGAGCGGCACGUGCUGAGCUUCAGCGUGGUGGGCGGCGAGCACCGGCUGCGCAACUACCGGUCCGUCACCACCGUCCACCCGGACGUGUCCGAGACGCUGGUGGUGGAGAGCUACGUGGUGGACGUGCCGCCGGGGAACACCCCCGACGACACCCGCGUGUUCGUCGACACCAUCGUCAAGUGCAACCUGCAGUCCCUCGCCCGCACCGCCGAGAAGCUCGCCGGCGCCGGCGGGCGGGUGGCGUGCUCGCAGUGAUCGGAGCGGAUCGAGGCGUCGACUCUCCGUCCCGUCGGGUCAAACUCAAACUCUCCAAUUAAUCCAUGGCGGUGUGAGCGCGUGUUUUUUUUUUCUGUGGCGUGAGAGCGAGGGGGUCGGUCCGGUCGGUGCGCUUUCACACCUGCCCCCUCGCUGUUUCUCCCUAUUGCGAGACACGCCACAUUUCUAGCAGUCCUAGCUCUAGUCUUUGUUCCCCUUUUGUUGUUGUUCUUUGUUAGUAAGAUUGACAGAAAAAUCAGUAAAAACUAGAAGUGCUACUACGGUACUACCAGCAUCGAUCUUCA